GCGUCAAAUCUACAUACUCUCUCUCUCUCUAAAAACUCUCUCAUAAUUCAGAAAAAGGUAACUUAUUUUUUUUUUGUUCCUGAGAUUCGAUUUAAUCGGCGAUCUUUUCCCGUUGUUCCUCGAUAAUCCCUCGUCUUCCUCCUUUCAGUCUGUGUCUCUUUCCCGGAAUAUAAUGCUUUAGAUUUUCAAGGUGUCAGGUCUGGUUUUAAAUUUUAAAAUGGAGGGUGACAGUGAUACGUACUCAGGGCUUGGCAAUGGUGAAAUAGACAGCAAGGUGGUGCAGACAUUUCAAAAGAGUUUUGUGCAGGUGCAGAACAUAUUAGACCAGAACAGGUUGCUGAUCAAUGAGAUAAACCAGAAUCAUGAGUCCAAGAUCCCACACAACUUGACCAGGAAUGUUGGUCUAAUUAGGGAGCUUAACAACAACAUAAGGAGAGUGGUUGAUUUAUAUGGCGAUCUUUCAAGUUCUUUCACUAAAUCCGUGGAUGCUUCAUCUGAAGGGGAUUCUUCAAGUGGUGCUGCCAUGAAAUCAGAUGGCAAAACUGGUCAUAAAAGAAACAGGCCUGCCUGAUUCCAUUGGACAGAAAAUCUGGGUUUUUUUUUUUUCAAGUAAUUCUUUUUCCAUGGUGGCAUUGAAUUUGCAGAGGUUUGAUGAUGUUGAUCAGGUUGUAGAAAAAAAAUGGUCAGAUUCUUAAAAUUUUCCUUCUAUUGCAUUGUAUGAAUCAUGUGUUUAAAACUCUUUAUUUCAAUGAUAUAAAUGCCAAAUUUUAGUUA